AUGAAGACUCAUGCAUGCUUGCCAUUGCCAUCCUCGAUACUGCAAAUGUGCAGCCCGGUGCAGCAAAAGGCUGAACCUAGCCGGGAAUACACCAUGUCACCGGGGCCAAUCAGACACUAUACAGCGAGUGUCCCCACUACUCUGCCUCCCAUGCGCACAGCCCCACCGAUCAUUGUUCUCUACGAAGCUUUGCAAACGGCGACCAGCCCAUUGGCAGAGGCUUGCAUCCUUGGAUCUUGGUCUCGUUAG